AUGAACGGUCUUGGAAUUGACUUCGGUGCUUCGGAGGAGUCAGCCGUGCCCAUAGGACUUCGAGGCUCACUAGUUCCGCCUCAACGGAAUUUGCCCCCGAAAUCAUCUCGCCGUCGGGCAUUUGUACGCCAUAAACCAAGCCGCGACAGACUCGGUGGAAAAUCUGGCACUCAGUCUACGAUGUCAUCGUCUAUGUCAACAACGACUCAUUUGCCCAGCAUGCCUCUAAGAGAGAAUCGUUCCAUCGCUAACAAAAGUAUCAACUCACCAACAAUGUACGUGAUGAAGCACCCUCUUCCUGCAAAACCUACCGUUCCAUGGUCGUAUCUCGAUGAUGUGCAGCCAGUUAGUGCUACCAGGCGUGAAGACACUCCUAGCGACACUUCGACGCCCGCAGUUUCCCAACCUAGCACAGAAGAUUCUGCAACAGCGCAUCCAAGUACUCAUGCACUUCCACUUAUACCACCGGCUCCAUUGGCAUCGAUGUCACCGGCGACACUAGCCGUGCCUACGACAUCUACACAGCCCGUCAUUCAUCACCUUCCUAAUAAGCCGGCUGUGCCCAUAUAUCCUGUUGAGCGUGAUGAGCGUGUCGGGAUCGAAGUAUUCAUGGAUAAUGAUCUUGUGGUUGAAGGCGGCUCACUGCAUGGAUGCCUUCGCUUAAACGUACCGAAUCACACGGAUCCAUCCAGUGCUAUGUUGAUGGCACAACCACGUGUGCGACUUAUUGGAUACGAGUGCCUACCUGGCGAAGACAUACGCCACAUCUUUUACCGCCAUAUGACCCUUAUAGAUGGCGAUCGCAGCUUGGAUGGUCCCACAGAGCCUUAUAUGCUGCACGGCUCAAGUGCUCUCUCACAGUCCGAGGGUGGCGAAGAAAGCAUCCUCCCAUGUUUUGCAUCGCUGCCUGAUACGGAGGGCUACUACCUUGGUCAGGGUGGUGUUCAUGUGAUUCCAUUCUCCAUGUCCCUUCCCAUGGGGAAGGGAGCGAAAGGCGGCUACCACAGUGACGGUUGUGAGGUUGGGUACAUUCUGAUCGCGUCUGUGCGCGUGAAAGCAUUCGGCGAACAGCACAGUGGUGUUGCUCUCUGCUUCCAAAAGAUGGAAGUUCAUCCUUACCUGAAUCCCACUGCAGAACUGGCAAGUGCACCACGUCCAAUCAUUUCACAUGCAUCUACACCAGAAGCGGAGGUGCGGAACAUACGUUUGGCUGCAGCUUUGCACCGGGAGACCUGGGUUGCCGGCCAACGUGUGUAUUUUGAGGUCAGUAUCCUGAAUGGCGGCACAGACUUGCUUAAUGUUCUCCGCAUCGCUUUGGUGCGCACGGAGACUCUGUACAAGGCACAUGAUCAUAUACCCGGCUCGAAAGACAUUUUGUCGCAUUCAAGCACUAUCCUCUUGGACGAGACGUUGGCAGCGAAUCAGUUGGGUCAUUGGUGGAGCGGUGCACCGCCUGGAAGACCUGUACAUUUUCCGCAUUCAUUGCAGCUUCCAUCAGACCUCGUCACGGUCGAUCCAGGACGUCAUGUGAGUGUGCAGUACGCACUCCGUGUAGGUGUAGGAGCUGAUACGUCUACAUUGGUUGAGGUUGACCUACCUGUGCGCAUUAUCCAGUAUGUGUCAAUUGAUCCACCACCACCUCGGCGGACAUGGAUGGGCGGCACCGGCUUACUAGGUCUUGCUCUUGGAAAUAAUUCGGAUCCUCACAAUAUGGUUGAAAGACUGCAAUCGCUCGAUUUAAUGCGCAGUCCAAUGCCUGUCUCUGCAUCUGAUCGUCUUUCACCACAUUCAAGUGGGACUAGUUCUACACGAGGCAGUCGCACGGCGCAACACAAGCGCUCUCUUGACUUCAUCAACAGUGCAAUCCGCAGUGCAACAGCACGCCAUACAUCGCCCUAUGCUGCAAAUGAGGCAUCGCCUGCGGGUCUUGGAAUUGAGCUUCUAUCACAACAAGACUCGUCUGACUCGCGUGCUUUAACGCCCAUGCAGAAUAGUUGUGAACGCAUUUCAUUUGGUCCAUCGUUGCCUGUGGUUGAAGUCAAUUCGGCAAUAUCAGCGCCAGAGGCAGAUAUCUCUCUCCCACUUGGUGAUGAGACCGUCGAUGAUGUCGAGCUGUUUUUUGGUUCAGAUGAGAAAAAAACUUCUGCCGAUGACAGCAAUUCAGCACAACGGCCGUGCCUAGGCGCCUCGGACGCACACACUCGCUCCGAUAUGGAACUGGAGCCAAGCUCCUCAUUGUCACAGCUUGAUGUGGCAACAUACACGACACCGUCCACACCCAAGCGUGAGCGCAUCAUUACUGGUCCUGCCAGUGUCCCACGCACUCUGCAUCCCAAGUCCUCGUUCACGUUUGCGACUAACACGUCACCGCUAAAAGUGCGCCGCUCUAAUACUGUUUUGCGAGAAUGA